AUUCCAACAGGGUCACCAGGAGGGAUCAGUCAACCGUGAAGAAGAAACUGACUACUUUAAAAUGGAGAGAGUCUCAAUGGUGCUGCCCAUGCUGUCACAUACCCUACAAUGGCACAGAUACAAACAUUAGUCUUCCAUCUAUCUCUAUGCGCCCAACACAUUUACGGCGCCGCCGCAACCGUUUCUGGGAGGAGAAUGAUUUCGACGAGAGAUGCAAUUCAAUCCCAGGAACGCUGCAAUGCCUUGUUUCACUGAUGAGGUUUGGGCAUAGGCACCGUGUAAGUGUCAUUUGUAAUCGCAACAGAGGAAGAUACAAUUAGCUAAUAAUAAACUUUAUCGGGGGUAGAACGAAGGACAUUAUUUGUCAUCCAGUGUACUAGCUAGCUGAAGAUUUCGGCUUGAUGUUUACUGUAGAGAGAGUGGAAGUGGACAUCAUGGGCACGAAAUUAACAUCCAACGUGUUGAAGUAAAGUGGACCCACGAAACUGCUUAAAACCCAUCCCCAGCCAUGGCAGGCUUCAAGCGAGGGUAUGAUGGCAAGAUUGCAGGGCUCUAUGACCUGGACAAGACGCUGGGCCGGGGCCACUUCGCCGUGGUCAAACUGGCGCGCCACGUCUUCACGGGGGAGAAGGUGGCGGUCAAGGUCAUCGACAAGACCAAGUUGGACACUGUUGCCACGGGUCACCUGUUCCAGGAAGUGCGUUGUAUGAAGCUGGUACAGCACCCCAACAUUGUCCGGCUCUACGAAGUCAUCGACACGCAGACCAAGCUCUACCUGAUCCUGGAGCUGGGCGACGGAGGAGACAUGUUCGAUUACAUCAUGAAGCACGAGGAGGGCCUCAGCGAGGAGCUGGCCAAGAAGUACUUUGCCCAGAUCGUCCAUGCCAUCUCCUACUGCCACCGGCUGCAUGUGGUGCACCGUGACCUCAAGCCGGAGAAUGUGGUGUUCUUUGAGAAGCAGGGAGUGGUGAAGCUCACUGACUUUGGCUUCAGCAACAAGUUUCAGCCAGGGAAGAAGCUCACCACUAGCUGUGGCUCGCUGGCCUACUCUGCCCCAGAGAUCCUGCUGGGAGAUGAGUACGAUGCUCCGGCCGUAGAUAUCUGGAGUCUUGGUGUGAUCCUGUUCAUGCUGGUGUGUGGACAGCCCCCCUUCCAGGAGGCCAACGACAGCGAGACCCUCACCAUGAUCAUGGACUGUAAAUACACUGUACCCACCCACGUCUCCAACGCCUGCAAAGAUCUGGUAGGCCGGAUGCUGCAGCGGGACCCAAAGGGCCGUGCGUCUCUGGAGGAGAUAGAGAGCCAUGCCUGGCUGCAGGGGGUGGACCCGUCCCCAGCCACCAAGUUCAACACCCCCCUGGUGUCUCAUAAGAGCCUGUCUGAGGACGAGCACAACGGGAUCAUACAGCGCAUGGUUCUGGGGGACAUCGCAGACCGAGAGCCCAUAGUAGAAGCCCUGGAGACCAACAAGUACAACCACAUCACUGCCACCUACUUCCUGCUGGCUGAGAGGAUCCUGAGAGAGAAACAGGAGAAGGAGGUCCAGACACGCUCCUCCAGCCCCAGCAACAUCAAGGCCCAGUUCAGGCAGUCCUGGCCGACGAAGAUUGACAUGCAUCAGGACAUCGAGGACAGUCUGGCAGCCUCCUCCAUGUGCCACGCUGGUGGUCCCCAGUCCCCCGCCCGCAGCGCUGAGAGCCUUCUCAACGGACACCGCACCAAAGGCCUGCUGGAGCUCCGCAGGGACGAGAGCAACGCAGGGGCCUCCAGUGCCCCUGCCCCCGUUUCUGGGCCCCCUAGAGCUGGGGCCACGGCCCCCACACCCUCCACCUCCUCAGCCAAGCAGCGCAGCUGCCUGUUCAGGGUUGAGGAGGAUGAAGAGGAGGAAGAGGACCCGUCCCCUCUGUCCACCCAAGUGAUCCUGCGUCGCAAGGCUCCAUCUAUCACCAACCGGCUGACCUCCAGGAAGAGCGCCCCAGUCCUCAACCAGAUCUUUGAGGAGGAGGGUGAGUCAGACGACGACUUCGACAUGGACGAGGGCCUGCCACCCAAACUCAGCCGGCUAAAGAUGAACAUCGCUGCUGCAGCGGCCGGGUCGCCGGGCACCACUCAGAAACGCUAUCACCGCCGCAAGAGCCAAGGCCGCGGCUCGUCCUGCUCCAGCUCAGAGACCAGCGACGACGACUCCGAGAGCCACCGCCGGCGUCUGGACAAAGACACAGGCUUCACCUACAGCUGGAACCGCAGGGACAGCAGUGAGGGCCCGCCUGGAAACUCAGGGGGAAAUGGUGGAGGGAGCAGUGGAGGGCAGAGUAAACCCCCCGGGGAGGGGGGCAGUCCUCCUGGAGGGGGAGGUGGGGGGAGUAGUGACAAUGGAGGGAGUGGUAGUAGUGGGGGGGGAGGUGGUAAGGGACAGGGUUCCCCCUCAAGUUGUUCUAACGGCAGCAGUAACCACUCGUCUUCAGGCUCAGGGUCCACGCGGAGACACUGUGCCUCCCGCAGCCCCGGGGCAGCAGAGCUGGUGGAGAGCCUGAAGCUCCUGAGCCUGUGUCUCAGCUCCCAGUUACAGCACAGGGGGAGAAGUGGAGGCCCUGGCCUGGCAGGGGGGAUGGGCCAGUUCAUCAUAGACCCUCAGAACCUGUCCAAUAGUCUGUCCAGCAGCCUGUCAGCUGGCAGCGUCAAGACACAGGAGAGGUCCUCUUGGAAGAUGUGCAUCGGCUCCAACGGCAGCUUGGACCUGGAGUUAGACACCAUCGCUCUCCCCACCAACGCUGGCAACACUCCAAGGUCAUACACAGACCAAACAGCAGCAGCACUUAGCGAACUGGCCCUGGCCACCAAGGAGAAUAACAAGCUGAACAACCUGAAAAAGAAUGUUCUCCAGCUACCUCUGUGUGAAAAGAGCAUCUCUGUGAACAUCCAGCGCAGCCCUAGAGAAGGGCUCCUGUGCACCUCUCAGGCCAGCUGCUGCCAGGUCAUAUGACACACACUCCCUGGCGACCCUCUGACACCACUCUGCCAGUCCAAUCUGUCCAACCACAGUCACCGCUGUAGCAUACGUCUGACCUCAGAACACCUCCCCAUCACAACCUGCCUUCUGCUGUUGUCUUAAAAGAUGACACUUGUUAUUGUUUUUGUUUGUUCAGUAGGACCUAUGAGCUGCAUGCUGCAGGGGGUUCUUUUGUUUUGUUUCUGCUACAUCACUAGCUCCCCCUGGAAUGAGCCGAGGUAACAGAACUUAACUCAAUUCUAAGGUGAGUUGGGGUGUUGAUGUAAACAUAAAUAUGGAUGUUGGUUUGAUUUUAGAUGAACUAUAUUUUGGGGUACAAAUACCAAACUUUUAACAGUGGGUAAGUAGUAGCAUGUGAUAGUUAAAGGGUAAGCACUUAAAUUAGAUGCUAGGAGAGGUAGAGGACGACAGGACAGAGAUACCAUACAGCUGGGAGAGAUAGGAUGACAGGACAGAGAUACCAGUCACCAUACAGCUGGGAGAGGUAGAGGAGGACAGGACAGAGAUACCAGUCACCAUACAGCUGGGAGAGGUAGAGGAGGACAGGACAGAGAUACCAUACAGCUGGGAGAGGUAGAGGAGGACAGGACAGAGAUACCAUACAGCUGGGAGAGAUAGGAUGAAAGGACAGAGAUACCAGUCACCAUACAGCUGGGAGAGGUAGAGGAGGACAGGACCGAGAUACCAUACAGCUGGGAGAGAUAGGAUGACAGGACAGAGAUACCAGUCACCAUACAGCUGGGAGAGGUAGAGGAGAGCAGUACAGAGAUACCAGUCACCAUACAGCUGGGAGAGGUAGAGGAGGACAGGACCGAGAUACCAUACAGCUGGGAGAGAUAGGAUGACAGGACAGAGAUACCAGUCACCAUACAGCUGGGAGAGGUAGAGGAGGACAGGACCGAGAUACCAUACAGCUGGGAGAGAUAGGAUGACAGGACAGAGAUACCAGUCACCAUACAGCUGGGAGAGGUAGAGGAGGACAGGACAGAGAUACCAUACAGCUGGGAGAGAUAGGAUGACAGGACAGAGAUACCAGUCACCAUACAGCUGGGAGAGGUAGAGGAGGACAGGACCGAGAUACCAUACAGCUGGGAGAGAUAGGAUGACAGGACAGAGAUACCAGUCACCAUACAGCUGGGAGAGGUAGAGGAGGACAGGACAGAGAUACCAUACAGCUGGGAGAGAUAGGAUGACAGGACAGAGAUACCAGUCACCAUACAGCUGGGAGAGGUAGAGGAGAGCAGGACAGAGAUACCAGUCACCAUACAGCUGGGAGAGGUAGAGGAGAGCAGGACAGAGAUACCAGUCACCAUACAGCUGGGAGAGGUAGAGGAGAGCAGUACAGAGAUACCAGUCACCAUACAGCUGGGAGAGAUGGGAGGACAGGACAGAGAUACCAGUCACCAUACAGCUGGGAGAGGUAGAGGAGGACAGGACAGAGGUACCAGUCACCAUACAGCUGGGAGAGGUAGAGGAGGACAGGACAGAGAUACCAUACAGCUGGGAGAGGUAGAGGAGGACAGGACAGAGAUACCAGUCACCAUACAGCUGGUAGAGGAGGACAGGACAGAGGUACCAGUCACCAUACAGCUGGUAGAGGAGAACAGGACAGAGAUACCAGUCACCAUACAGCUGGGAGAGGUAGAGGAGGACAGGACAGAGAUACCAGUCACCAUACAGCUGGGAGAGGUAGAGGAGGACAGGACAGAGAUACCAGUCACCAUACAGCUGGGAGAGAUAGAGGAGAACAGGACAGAGAUACCAUACAGCUGGGAGAGGUAGAGGAGGACAGGACCGAGAUACCAUACAGCUGGGAGAGAUAGGAUGACAGGACAGAGAUACCAGUCACCAUACAGCUGGGAGAGGUAGAGGAGAGCAGUACAGAGAUACCAGUCACCAUACAGCUGGGAGAGGUAGAGGAGGACAGGACCGAGAUACCAUACAGCUGGGAGAGAUAGGAUGACAGGACAGAGAUACCAGUCACCAUACAGCUGGGAGAGGUAGAGGAGGACAGGACCGAGAUACCAUACAGCUGGGAGAGAUAGGAUGACAGGACAGAGAUACCAGUCACCAUACAGCUGGGAGAGGUAGAGGAGGACAGGACAGAGAUACCAUACAGCUGGGAGAGGUAGAGGAGAGCAGGACAGAGAUACCAGUCACCAUACAGCUGGGAGAGAUAGGAUGACAGGACAGAGAUACCAGUCACCAUACAGCUGGGAGAGGUAGAGGAGGACAGGACCGAGAUACCAUACAGCUGGGAGAGAUAGGAUGACAGGACAGAGAUACCAGUCACCAUACAGCUGGGAGAGGUAGAGGAGGACAGGACAGAGAUACCAUACAGCUGGGAGAGAUAGGAUGACAGGACAGAGAUACCAGUCACCAUACAGCUGGGAGAGGUAGAGGAGAGCAGGACAGAGAUACCAGUCACCAUACAGCUGGGAGAGGUAGAGGAGAGCAGGACAGAGAUACCAGUCACCAUACAGCUGGGAGAGGUAGAGGAGAGCAGUACAGAGAUACCAGUCACCAUACAGCUGGGAGAGAUGGGAGGACAGGACAGAGAUACCAGUCACCAUACAGCUGGGAGAGGUAGAGGAGGACAGGACAGAGGUACCAGUCACCAUACAGCUGGGAGAGGUAGAGGAGGACAGGACAGAGAUACCAUACAGCUGGGAGAGGUAGAGGAGGACAGGACAGAGAUACCAGUCACCAUACAGCUGGUAGAGGAGGACAGGACAGAGGUACCAGUCACCAUACAGCUGGUAGAGGAGAACAGGACAGAGAUACCAGUCACCAUACAGCUGGGAGAGGUAGAGGAGGACAGGACAGAGAUACCAGUCACCAUACAGCUGGGAGAGGUAGAGGAGGACAGGACAGAGAUACCAGUCACCAUACAGCUGGGAGAGGUAGAGGAGGACAGGACAGAGAUACCAUACAGCUGGGAGAGGUAGAGGAGGACAGGACAGAGAUACCAGUCACCAUACAGCUGGGAGAGGUAGAGGAGAGACAGGACAGAGAUACCAGUCACCAUACAGCUGGGAGAGGUAGAGGAGAACAGGACAGAGAUACCAGUCACCAUACAGCUGGGAGAAGUAGAUGAGAGCAGGACAGAGAUACCAGUCACCAUACAGCUGGUAGAGGAGAACAGUACAGAGAUACCAGUCACCAUACAACUGGGAGAGGUAGAGGAGAGCAGGACAGAGAUACCAGUCACCAUACAGCUGGGAGAGGUAGAGGAGAGCAGUACAGAGAUACCAGUCACCAUACAGCUGGGAGAGGUAGAGGAGGACAGGACAGAGAUACCAUACAGCUGGGAGAGGUAGAGGAGAACAGUACAGAGGUACCAGUCACCAUACAGCUGGUAGAGGAGGACAGGACAGAGGUACCAGUCACCAUACAGCUGGUAGAGGAGAACAGGACAGAUAUACCAGUCACCAUACAGCUGGGAGAGGUAGAGGAGGACAGGACAGAGAUACCAGUCACCAUACAGCUGGGAGAGGUAGAGGAGGACAGGACAGAGAUACCAGUCACCAUACAGCUGGGAGAGGUAGAGGAGGACAGGACAGAGAUACCAGUCACCAUACAGCUGGGAGAGGUAGAGGAGGACAGGACAGAGAUACCAGUCACCAUACAGCUGGGAGAGAUAGAGGAGAACAGGACAGAGAUACCAGUCACCAUACAGCUGGGAGAGGUAGGAGGACAGGACAGAGAUACCAGUCACCAUACAGCUGGGAGAGGUAGAGGAGGACAGGACAGAGAUACCAGUCACCAUACAGCUGUGAGAGGUAGAGGAGGACAGGACAGAGAUACCAGUCACCAUACAGCUGGGAGAGGUAGAGGAGAACAGUACAGAGAUACCAAUCGCCAUACAGCUGGGAGAGGUAGAGGAGGACAGGACAGAGAUACCAGUCACCAUACAGCUGGGAGAGGUAGAGGAGGACAGGACAGAGAUACCAGUCACCAUACAGCUGGGAGAGGUAGAGGAGGACAGGACAGAGAUACCAGUCACCAUACAGCUGGGAGAGGUAGAGGAGGACAGGACAGAGAUACCAGUCACCAUACAGCUGGGAGAGGUAGAGGAGGACAGGACAGAGAUACCAGUCACCAUACAGCUGGGAGAGAUAGAGGAGGACAGGACAGAGGUACCAGUCACCAUACAGCUGGGAGAGAUAGAGGAGGACAGGACAGAGGUACCAGUCACCAUACAGCUGGGAGAGGAGGACAGGACAGAGAUACCAGUCACCAUACAGCUGGGAGAGGUAGAGGAGGACAGGACAGAGAUACCAGUCACCAUACAGCUGGGAGAGGUAGAGGAGGACAGGACAGAGAUACCAGUCACCAUACAGCUGGGAGAGGAGGACAGGACAGAGAUACCAGUCACCAUACAUGGUCCUGGAGGAAGGGAAGUAACCUGUAACCUUCAUGUUGAUAUAAGCUCCUGCCAUGCAGUCACAUGGCAACGACCAAUUGAGACAGAAACUUGGUAACCUCUAGAGAUGUUUUAAUUUGAUUCAUUGAUUAACCUCAUUUUACAGUGACCUACUGUCUAAAACGUAUUUCACUUUGAUAUUGCACACAGACAAUCUGUUUUAUGUUUGUAUUUUUUAAGUGUAUGGAAUUAAAGAUGCAUUUUAGAUGGCUAUAAAUCUCACUGAAUUGAUUUUGAAGGCAACAUGAAUUAUUGUUUCCAAACCGCUGUUUAACAAGUGCUACUUCAACACAUCUGGUUUACUUUGGUGUUACUGAGAGCCAGUAACCUGGAAAAUAAGGCUUCAGCUUCGUCUUUAUUCCAAUCUCAAUGCACUCGUCUUCAGGCACAAUAAAUUAACCUAUUUGGGUCAAAUACUACUAUACUUACUAUUGUAUAGUGAAUACAGGUAGGAGCUGCAAUCUUUUAGACACUAUUCUAACAGAAAGGGUCAUCCAUCUGUAAUUAUAACUACUGCUAUUCAUUUGCAAAUUGGGCAAACUCCUGAAAUGAUUCAAAGUUCAUGACAACGUGUCAAACUGAAUGUAAAGGACACUGGUAGACGAGUAGUGUAUUUUCUCCUGUGCUGGGCCUCAAGGUAGCAGGCAAGCAGACCCACACAGAUUUGAUGUGGUCCCGUUCACAUGUUGGUCAUGGCCUUGGUUGACCACCUGCCAUGUUGACGUAACAUCUUAGAAAAUGCAUUUUAAGAUCAAUAGAAGAGCAUGAAAAUUGAAAAGAAAAACGUACUAAUGAAUUGAAAACUGCAUUGGGUCUCUGUAUUCCAGUGGACCCACACACGUCUUUGCUUUGUUAGACUGUUUCACUUUCUGUUACUGUAACUGACUGGUCUUCUGACUGGCCUGGCAGGCUGGUCUUCUGACUGGUCUUCUGACUGGCCUGGCAGGCUGGUCUUCUGACUGGUCUUCUGACUGGCCUGGCAGGCUGGUCUUCUGACUGGUCUUCUGACUGGCCUGGCAGGCUGGUCUUCUGACUGGUCUUCUGACUGGCCUGGCAGGCUGAUCUUCUGACUGGUCUUCUGACUGGCCUGGCAGGCUGAUCUUCUGACUGGUCUUCUGACUGGCCUGGCAGGCUGAUCUUCUGACUGGUCUUCUGACUGGUCUGGCAGGCUGAUCUUUGACUGGUCUGGCAGGCUGGUCUUCUGACUGGUCUGGCAGGCUGAUCUUCUGACUGGUCUGGCAGGCUGGUCUUCUGACUGGCCUGGCAGGCUGGUCUUCUGACUGGCCUGGCAGGCUGGUCUUCUGACUGGCCUGGCAGGCUGGUCUUCUGACUGGCCUGGCAGGCUGGUCUUCUGACUGGCCUGGCAGGCUGGUCUUCUGACUGGCCUGGCAGGCUGGUCUUCUGACUGGCCUGGCAGGCUGGUUUGUUUGUUUGUUUUUAAAGGGUAUAUGUUGAGUAUGUAUAUAUGUUUUAAAAAGUUAUAUUUUUGAAUGAUCUGCUGUUUUUAAAAUGAUUCUAUGUUGAAGUGGGCGGCCCGUGAGUCUUUCGUUGGGGACUAACAUCGCAGUGUGUGUCACACACACCCACACCUUACUGGACACUGCAGGGUGAAGGUUUUACAUUCAGGAUUAGUGGUUCAGUAGAGCACAUGCACCUUUCAGGAGAGAUUCCUGUCUGUAAGCUUUAAAGGACUGGGCUUUGUAAAGAAGGAAAGAAAUGGGGUUGUAGGGAGAUGUGGGGAUAUAUUUUAAGGGCAUUGGCAAUAAGCUACAUGUUGCAGCUAUCUGUAAAUCAACAUAUUUUUGUUUUAUAUUUCAACCCUGUACAGCAUUCGAUUUAAAGGCACCUCGGACUAAAAACUAACAGAGAAAGAUAUCUUGAGUAUUUUUUUUCUUUUGAAACAAAAUGUCUGUAAAUAGAGAUGUAAAUAUGGUGCUCUAUAUUUAGAGACGGCAGAGUGAACCUCUUGGUGCAGAGCUGUAAGUAUAGCCUUAUUAGGAAUGGGUGUCUCCAAGAAAAGAACAUGACUUUAUUCAUGUCAGCCAGUCUGACCGUUGUCUUACCCAGAUGUAAACAGCUGAAUGACAUGUGCAUGUGUUAUAUGUUUAACAUUAUCGAUCCAAGGACAUCGAAAGAGGAAGAACCAUCCACUGAAUGUUACUGGACCAAACCAUGUACUGGCUAAAUGAAAAUAUGAAAUGGCAGAAUUAUUCAAUGUAUUAUUCUGUAGUUGAUACCUGUUGUGAACAGUUACAUAUAGCUAUGGUAAUAUCCUAAAUAAAAUGUUGUGGGAAAUGA